UUUAAAAAGCUGAAGGUAUUUAGACAGUAAGGAAGCAUUUCUAAAAAUCUCGGUAAACCAUUGCAAUAAGUAUGCCAGUUUAUAUUAUCACCAUAGGUUCUUGUGUCGAACGGUGCUAAAUGAACCAUGGUGCAUGCAUGGAAGUAUUCGGGGCGGAGAAGUCUCAGGCCUCUGCUAUGGAAGUCCUGGAGAAACCGCCAUGCACGGUCCUGUACCCACAAUUUUGUGUUCAGGCGCUUUGUGGCUUCGAUGGAUCUAGCUGUGGAGUUAAGUAUGCGUCCUUCGCAGCCUUCGCACCGGCAGUGUUGGAUACGGAUGCCGGUAUGCCAUGUUUUCAGACCUGUUGUCGCAGCGCGGGCUUCGAAGCACGGCGCCGUUGCCCGGCGGGUGUGUUGGGGCCGCGGGACAUUGAGGCCGCCAUCAUGGACACGGGCGGCGAUGCAGGGCGCGCGCUAGCCUGGUACCCCGGGUUGUUGAUGGCAUGGUGGUUUGCUAAGGCGGAUACAUUCUUCCGGGAGAAUCAGCUUCCAGCAUACUACGGCGAAAUCGACUCCAUCCGAAAUCACCAAUUGAAGCGUUCAGCCGACGCUGCUUCACUGCGAGUCGCUGCGACACAGCGAGUCGCGACAGACCCAAGUGUCAUUGUCCCCUUCCGUUCUGCCGAGGGACUUGAGCGUGCGGGACACGUUGAGCUCUUUGAGCGGCUCAAGGUGGUCACAUCCGCAUUGAUCGCCGAGCGGGCAGAUCGAAUAGUGCUGGACAGGGAGAUUAAGCGGCGGACAUCCCUUUUCCAGGCUGAUAGAGUGAGGCUACAGGCAUACGCUCGGGCAGAUGCAUCACGCAGUGAACCCGUCCGACUGCUCGAAACAUCACAACAACGAGGUAUGAUGCAGUAUCGGCAUGCGCGCCAGCUCAUCAACCCCCGGAAGAUGAUGAUGAUCGGGCCAUACCUCAUCAGCUUCCCUGCACUGCGCGCGCUGAGCAAGCGCAUGCCCCAUGUCAACAUCUCGUCCCAGGAUCUCAACUACAAGGACAAACAGAACCAGCGCGCCACUCUCAAGUAG